AUGUCCGAGAAGGAUCCUGAGGUGUGUGUGCAACCACUCAGGACCAAGAUUGGAAGACGAGAAGGCACCUAUGACGAAGUCGGAGCAAGCCAAGACAAAGACAACGUCGCUAACAGCAGCCCCGAAGAAAGCCACACCAACAGAAUAGCAGGACGCGCCACUGCCUUCGAAGAGGCCCCCGAGACCGAAGCAGUCCCACCCGACAGAAGCAAGGAAAACGAAAUCCACGCGAAAAAAUCCGCCAGAGCAGAGGAUGUGUCGAAGGUACCGGCACAACUGCCUCCUUACCGAGACAACACGUACUCCUUGCCGGACUUGAUACUCCGAAAAGAACAAAGUCGAGACGACUUUAUCGUGGUCAUGAAAGCCUGGAAACGAAGGCACUCCCACUGGAUUCCUGGCUGA